AUGGCGCUCCGACUCCGAGGGUCUCAAAGAAUUGAAGCAAAACCAUUGUCUCAAGAUUCCCAUGAAGUACAAAGUAAGAAUCAAAAUUACGCAGUUGUCGAGGCUCCAGGGCAAGAUCCAGGUCCAUCAUUCAUUGUGCAUAGUAAUAACAAAAAGAUUUCUCUGGAAGACAUUAAACUUAGAGCUUACUAUAUAAGGCUGAAGCUGAAGAAACAAAUAAUCUUGUUUAAUCAGCUCUUGCAGCACCAAUAUCAUCUCAUGAAGUUUCCUAUAUGUCCUAAGGUUCCUCUGGCACCGAUAAGAAAUGGAAUUCAUCCUAGGCCUGUCGAUGACUUACAGAUAGGAUACCCAGUGUUUCAGCCCCCAAUUCUGAAUACAUUGCAGCUUCAUAUUGGUCCAACAAGCUUUGGAUUACCGAGCUGUCAAGCAAAUAACGGAACUCUAGCUCCAGGCACUUCGCAUCCUGGUCAGAUGAACAAUGAUGAACCAUCGAAAGCAGCUGUUGCUUCAGCAUGUCAAUGCAAGGCAAUGCCAUCUAUGCCAGAGAUGGCAGCGACUCCGGAACCAGUAGCAUCAAAUGAUCAUCUUCGAUUUGUUCCACCUGCUGAUACAACCUUCACAUCUGAUAUUGAUCUUGAAUUUUCAAGAGACUCGCUCAGGUCACUCGGAAACAAUUGGAAUUUCAGUCUUUCAGAUCUAACAACCGACUUAACCAACUUAGGAGAGCUUGGGGAUACUGGUGACUACAGUGGCUCUCCAAUCUUGCCAUCAGACAAGGAUAUCUUUCUCAGCGACACUGGCCGAGAUGCCAUAGAUCUAGAGGAUGAUCCAAAUGAAUCUGAGGAGGAUUCAGAAGAUCCUGAUAAAUCAAAAGAGGAUUUGGGAGAGUGUGUGGAGAAUCUAGUAGAGGAUCCAAUUGUGGAUCCGGUAGAGAAUCCUAAAGUUGUCCUGCCUGAGAUUACCCCAAAUGAGUCAAUGCUAAAAGGGAUAAUAUUGGCCACUGCACUAGUGUCUGUCCUACUGGGAGUGGUUAUGGUAGAACCUGUAAAUGGUCUCACUGCACAAGAUAGACGAGAUCUUGAUGCUUAUAAGUCUGGGUAG